AUGGCACCCGCGCCUACGGACACCAAUUGGUCGGUUGAAUACGACACUUUGCGGCGUGAGAACCUUUUCAAAAAUCCGCCCAAGGACCAUACCGCCUAUCCGACAUUGGCCGAGUCCAUCAAGCCGCAUAUCGACUCGUUCAACCAACUUUUCGGUGGAAGCAAGAUUCUGGAGGAAGGAUUGAAGGAUAUCGGCACAAAAUCAUUCCUGGAUGGAGAAAUUGAGACUCCCGAACAAAAGAAGGCCCGUAUUGCCGAAGGCCGUAGAGCGCCUAAGCGCAACCGUCUGAAUGUGCGGGUCACCGAGAUCUUCCUCGACAAGCCCACCCUCCCACCCACCAACAAGUUUAGCCACAAGAACCGGAACAUUUACCCUUCGGAGUGCCGCGAGCGGCAUUCGACCUAUCGUGGGAAGCUUCGUGCACGUCUCGAGUACCAAAUCAACAAUGGCGACUGGAUCGAAUCCGUGCGCGAGUUGGGUCAGGUCCCUAUCAUGAUGCGCACGAACCGCUGUCAUCUCGAGAACGCAUCCCCGCAAGAUCUUGUCACAUACAAGGAAGAGUCGGAGGAGCUGGGUGGAUAUUUCAUUGUCAACGGUAACGAGAAGCUGAUCCGAAUGUUGAUCGUCGGCAAGCGCAACUACCCCAUGUCCAUCGUCCGUGGCUCAUUUGUCAAACGUGGUCACACUUAUACCAAGUUCGGUGUGCAAAUACGAUCCGUUCGACCAGAUCAGACCUCGCAAACGAACGUCCUGCACUACCUCUCCGAUGGCAACGUCACUUUCCGCUUCUCCUGGCGUAAAAACGAAUUCCUCGUCCCCGUCAUGAUGAUUCUCAAGGCGUUGGUAGAGACCAAUGACCGUGAGAUCUUCGAAACUCUUGUCGGCAGUGCCACUUCCAAGGGCAUGAAGAACACAUUCGUCACUGAUCGUGUCGAGCUUUUGCUGCGAACUUAUCAAGCCUACAACAAGCACAGUCGAUACGAUUGCCGGGCUCAUCUGGGCAAGUGUUUCCGACCCGUCCUUGGCGUGCCAGCCGACAUGUCGGACGAGGAUGUGGGUACGGAAUUCCUUCGCAAGGUUGUUCUGCCCCACUUGGGCAACCACAAUGUCACCGAGACCCAGGAUUACGACAAAUUCAAGAUGAUCAUCUUCAUGAUCCGGAAACUGUACGCCUUGGUGGCCGGUGACUGUGCUCCCGACAAUCCCGAUGCAGUCUCCAACCAGGAAAUUCUGCUGGGUGGCUUCCUCUAUGGCAUGAUUCUCAAAGAGCGUAUUGAAGAGUGGCUGCGCUCAUUUGGUCCCAUUGCCCGUGACUGGUCGAUUCGCAAUGGCGGUGCCAAGUUCUCGGAUCCUGCGUUCGAGCGCGAGUUCCUGGCGAAGAUCGUCAAGCGGUCCAACGAGAACAUUGGUAAUGCUCUGGAGUAUUUCCUCUCCACUGGUAACCUGGUGUCUCCUACCGGUCUUGACUUGCAGCAGACGUCUGGUUACACCGUCAUUGCCGAAAAGAUCAACUUCUAUCGUUUCAUCAGUCACUUCCGCAUGAUCCAUCGUGGUAGUUUCUUCGCGCAGCUCAAGACCACGACGGUGCGUAAGCUGCUUCCCGAGAGUUGGGGCUUCCUUUGCCCCGUUCACACUCCCGAUGGUUCUCCCUGUGGUCUGCUCAACCACCUGGCUCACAAGUGUCUCAUUGCCACGGACAACCUCGACGUCUCACACCUCCCCAAAAUUCUUGUUCAGCUGGGUGUCAGAGCCGAGUCCUCCGUUGCUAUCGAUGACAGCGUGGUCAUUCAAUUGGAUGGUCGCAUCAUCGGGUUCUGCUCACCGAAGCAGGCCAAGCAGAUCCACGACACUCUGCGAUACUGGAAGGUCUCCGGGUUGAAUGGUAUCCCCCGUGGGCUUGAGAUCGGAUAUGUUCCCAACUCGAACGGUGGUCAGUACCCUGGUAUCUACAUGUUCUCACAGGCUGCUCGUAUGUACCGCCCGGUGAAGUAUCUUGCCAACGAGGGAAUGGACUUUGUGGGUCCCUUUGAGCAACCAUUCAUGGAGAUUGCCUGUUUGGAGUCCGACUUGAUUGCGGGAUUGUCGACCCACAUUGAAUACACGCCGACCAACAUCCUCUCAAUUGUGGCCAACAUGACUCCCUUCUCCGACUACAACCAGUCGCCCCGUAACAUGUACCAGUGUCAGAUGAGCAAGCAGACCAUGGGUACCCCCGGCACAUCUAUCAACUACCGCACAGACAACAAGCUGUAUCGCUUGCAAACCGGUCAGACUCCCGUCGUGCGGCCCCCUCUGUACAACGCCUAUGGGUUGGAUAACUUCCCCAACGGUACGAACGCGAUUGUGGCCAUCAUCUCCUACACUGGCUACGACAUGGACGACGCCAUGAUCAUCAACAAAUCCUCACACGAGCGUGGCUUCGGACACGGAACCAUCUACAAGACCAAGGUGCACAGUCUGGCCGAGCGUGACUCGCGGCGCAGCAAAUCGCGACGCGAGGUGACGAAGCUCUUUGGAUUCGCGCCUGGUGACGAGGUUCGCGCGGAGGUCAAGGCCCUGAUUGAUAGUGAUGGUAUGCCUCACGUCGGUGUGCGUGUGAAGGAAGGGGACAAAAUUGCUGCCUAUCACAACGUCCGCUACGACGCAGCCACCGACUCGUUUGUCAAUGUGGACGGAAUUACCCACUUCAUCAAGUACAAGGACGCCGAAGCCGGAUUCAUCGAGAGCAUCCGGAUCAUGGGUUCGGAAAACGGCAAUGAGCCCGCUCAAUCGCUCAGUGUGAAGUACCGCAUCCCACGUAAGCCCGUCAUUGGUGACAAAUUCUCCUCCCGUCACGGUCAGAAGGGUGUUUGCUCACAACUCUGGCCCGCUGUUGAUAUGCCCUUCUCGGAAAGCGGCAUGCAGCCUGAUCUGAUUAUCAACCCUCACGCUUUCCCUUCUCGUAUGACUAUCGCUCAGAUGAUCGAAUCUAUGGCCGGUAAGGCCGGUGCACUUCACGGCCACCCCCAGGAUUGCACGCCAUUCCAAUUCUCCGAAGAGAACACUGCAACCGACUACUUCGGCCACCAACUGCUCAAGGCUGGGUACAACUAUUAUGGCAACGAGCCUUUGUACAGUGGCAUCACGGGUCGCGAGUUUGCUGCUGAUAUCUACAUGGGUGUUGUGUACUACCAGCGUCUGCGUCACAUGGUCAACGACAAGUUCCAGGUGCGCACGACGGGUCCCGUCAACGCCCUGACCGGUCAGCCCGUCAAGGGUCGUGCCAAGGGUGGUGGUAUCCGUGUGGGAGAGAUGGAGCGCGACUCGCUCAUUGCCCACGGUGCUGCCUUCCUUUUGCAGGAUCGUCUGAUGAACUGCUCGGACUCCCAGCAUGCCUGGAUCUGCCGUGACUGUGGUUCUUUCCUCUCCACGCAAGUCGCGGUCUCAGGUUCUGGCGCCUCCCGCCGUGCCGCCGUCAACCCCGGUGCGGCGGCAGCAGCGGCCAAGGUGGCCCCCAAUCAGAACUUGGGUGGCGCAGCUACAACCGUGGGCGCUCUGGGUGGUACGAACGGCAUUGUGCGCUGCCGUCGCUGUGCCCGUUCGGCCACCUUUGAAGACUCGCGUGCGGAAGCCUGGGAAGAUGGAGAUGGCCAGCGCUACGUCGGUGGUGACAAUGUCACUGUGGUUGCUGUGCCUGGCGUACUGCGCUUCCUCGAUGUCGAGUUGGCGGCAAUGGGUAUCCGCAUGAAGUUCAAGAUUGAGAACUAA